GGAGAGCUGAAGCGGCUGCUUCGUGUUGUUUUGUUCGACUUGACGCUGCUGUGUCCGGAGCAUCAAAACGUUUUGUCCGUGCGACUGAACGCGUCGCCUUCGAUGAAGUGUGUGUAAAUCUGGGCAAUGUCUACCAUGGUCUAUCCACAUGAAGAAGCCCUGGACCGACUGAGCCAGGAUGAGAUUGUCCUCAACACCAAGGCUGUCAUGCAGGGCCUGGAGACGCUCCGCGGCGAGCACGCCCAGCUGCUCAACUCCCUGCUGGACUGCAGCCAGCUGCCCGUGGCCCAGGAGAAGUCCGGCCUGCUCCGUAAGAGUCUGGAUGCCAUCGAGCUCGGCCUGGGGGAGGCUCAGGUGAUUAUCGCCCUGUCGAGCCACCUGAGCGCCGUGGAGUCUGAGAAGCAGAAGCUGCGUGCACAGGUGCGCCGCCUCUGUCAGGAGAACCAGUGGCUGCGGGAUGAGCUGGCAGGAACCCAGCACAAGCUGCAGCGCAGCGAGCAGAACGUCGCCCAGCUGGAGGAGGAGAAGAAGCACCUGGAGUUCAUGAACCAGAUCAAGAAGUUUGAUGAUGACGUCUCCCUGUCAGAGGAGAAGAACCAAAGCUCCGGCGGGAGUGGUGGAAGCGGCGAGGCGUCAAAAGACAGUUUGGAUGACUUGUUCCCCAACGAUGAUGACCAGGGACCAGCCCAGCCCAGUGGUGAGGUGGCAGCCCAGCAGGGAGGCUAUGAGAUCCCAGCCCGUCUCCGGACGCUGCACAAUCUGGUGAUCCAGUACGCCUCCCAGGGAAGGUACGAGGUGGCCGUGCCACUGUGCAAACAAGCUCUGGAGGAUCUGGAGAAGACGUCUGGUCAUGACCACCCUGAUGUAGCUACCAUGCUCAACAUCCUGGCCUUGGUGUACAGAGACCAGAACAAGUACAAGGAGGCAGCCCACCUGCUGAAUGACGCUCUGGCCAUCAGAGAGAAAACGCUGGGAAAAGACCACCCAGCAGUGGCCGCAACCCUCAACAACCUGGCUGUGCUGUACGGCAAGAGGGGCAAGUACAAGGAGGCCGAGCCCCUCUGCAAGAGGGCGCUAGAGAUCAGAGAGAAGGUUUUGGGAAAGUUCCACCCAGAUGUGGCCAAGCAGCUGAACAACUUGGCCCUACUGUGUCAGAACCAGGGCAAAUACGACGAGGUGGAGUACUACUACAGACGAGCUCUGGAGAUCUACGAAUCCAAACUGGGGGCAGACGACCCCAACGUGGCCAAGACCAAAAACAACCUGGCCACGUGCUACCUGAAGCAGGGGAAGUUCAAAGAUGCCGAGGCUCUGUACAAAGAGAUCCUGACCAGGGCGCACGAGAAGGAGUUUGGAUCUGUCAACAAUGACAACAAACCGAUCUGGAUGCACGCGGAGGAGCGUGAGGAGAGCAAGGACAAACGCAAGGAUUCGGUUCCAUAUGUGGAAUAUGGAAGCUGGUAUAAAGCCUGUAAGGUGGACAGCCCCACGGUGAACACCACCCUUAAGAGUUUGGGAGCUUUGUACCGUCGCCAGGGCAAACUGGAAGCUGCAGAAACACUGGAAGAGUGCGCCUGCAAAUCUCGCAAACAGGGUAUAGAUGCUAUUAACCAGAGUAAGGUGGUGGAGCUCCUGAAGGACGGGGGAACAGCAGGGAGUGACAGACGACACGGCAGGGAAGGCCCCAACGGACCGGGGGGUCAUCGACGGGAAAAUGAUGGCAGUGACUCUGCUGAGUGGAACGGGGACGGUAACGGCUCUCUGCGUCGCAGCGGCUCCUUCGGAAAGAUUCGUGAUGCCCUCAGGAGGAGCAGCGAGAUGCUGGUGAAGAAGCUGCAAGGCAGCGGACCCCAAGAACCUCAAAACCCGGGAUUGAAGAGAGCGAGCUCCCUCAACUUCCUCAACAAGAGUUCUGAGGACAACGUGCAGGUACGACAGAUGCCAACUCUGGCCUGUCAGACUGCAGGGGACUCAGUGCCAGCAACGUGGACCUCUCAAGACGUAGCUCCCUGAUUAGCUAGACAGAUGAGAGGUGGGAUUAAGUAAAAUGAACGGUACAAUCGAACGAUCAAACACUUGAACCUGCAGCGGAUUUUUGCCGCAGUAAACGACAUCGCUGCUGCUUUGCUGUACAAAUUACUGCAAUCGAUGAGGAAAAUGAUCUUUAGAUACAUACUUAGCGGCAUGCUACUUCCUAGAAAGUGGAAUGUCUGCAUGCGACCAACCUGUAGUUAUGGCUCAUAGAAAUAUAAACAAAGCUUCAUUUCCACGUUAUCAGGAAUCCAUUUCUUCUUCUUCUUCCACAGACACUCCCGUAUCAACUGAAAUAUUAACUUUGCACUCUAUGGAGUAUCAUAUGAUGCUAAUCACAAAUCAUGUGCAUAUCACGUGUAAAAAUGAUGACAACUAUUUAGGUUUUAAUAGUGAGAAAGCAGAAGAACAGUUGUUCAAAAAGAGAAAUCCAAGCAAUCAUUUGGGAAUGUAAAAGAAAAAACAGCACUCAUCAUUUCAACCUCACUCUGCCUUUUUUGGUUUGUGUUUUUGUGUAUAUAGCUUUAAAUUAUUAAAGAUGUCAUUCUUUGUAUAUAAUGCA